UUCGACGGAUCCUUCCACCCCGCCUUCUUCAGGUCUACAUAUUUCCCAGCAUCUUCAUCCGUCGUGCCCAUCCCCGGGACCUUCUCUUGGCCGCUGGCCAGCAGAGGGAAGCCGAGGAGAGGGAUGCUCAGACGGGCAGUGUUCUCUGACGUGCAGCGCAAAGCUCUGGAGAAGAUGUUCCAGAAGCAGAAAUACAUCAGCAAACCAGACAGGAAGAAGCUGGCCUCAAAGCUCGGUCUCAAAGACUCACAGGUUAAAAUCUGGUUCCAGAACCGCAGAAUGAAGUGGAGGAACUCUAAAGAGAGGGAGCUCCUGUCUUCGGGAGGUUGUCGCGAGCAGACCCUGCCCACCAAAACGAACCCACACCCAGACCUCAGCGACGUCGGCAAGAAGUCCUCCGCGGAUGAGGACGAGAUGGAAGAGGACCCAUUCGGCGCUAGAGGCGCGCCUGGCCUUUGCCAUUCCCCCGCAGCGGGGCACGAGCUGUCCAACAGCGGCGGAUCGAACCUCUCGUCGCCAUCUCUCUCCAGCAAGCACUCGGAAUUCUCAGAAUCGGAUGAAGAAGAGAUCACCGUUUCUUAAUUGAUUUAUAACAACUCAAAGAUAUGUUUAUAAAACGGUUAUCCUAUGUGACCAUGUUUGCAAGAGGCUGUAUCCCUUAAUUUAGGCCCAACUACUAGAAAUGUAUUUAUUUCAUAUUCCACAAUAUUUUCAAACAAUCAACUUCUGUCAAAUCAAAUUAGGCUACAUCCAUGAUUCUUUCUUAUAAAAAUAACUGCAGGGUUUAUUUUAUAGAAAGGGCCGGCUCUAGCCUUUUUGGGGGCCCUAAGGGAGAUUUU